GAGCAUCUUGAAAUACACAGACGCGAUCUUUACUCAAACACACUUUUAAGAAAGCAACUCGGGGUCUGCGCCGACCGACGUUGACGACCAUCGAAAUUCGACGGCCGGCGGAAGUCGAUCGACGCGCCCUGUUUGCUACUCCAUGCAGUUUGAAAUGUCAGACUACACUCUCUAGCAUUCAAAGCGCUUUGAGAUUCCUCAGGUCGUGCCCGCGGAGGCCGACAGAACGGUUUUCUUCUGCCCGGCUCGGUGUGCGUUCAUGAUGUAAGCAAAACAAUCUUUUCAUUUGACAGAGCAAAGCUACAAUGCUGCGACUGUGUAGCGCCCACGGUCGGGGUAGCUGCCACCGAACGUCAAGUGAAGUUCGGGGCGGCGGUUGCGACCAGUACGGGCACAACCGCUACCUGGCGCCGCCCGCAUAAGAAGCCAGGGUGUGCGUUCACCGAGUAUCAGAAGUAUUCUUGGCUCCAAAUGAACUCGGGAAUGACCAAACACACUACUCGCAGCGCCAUGGCGCUGAUCACGCGUACCGUAGCGUUGAUUUCUGUGAUUUCCCUUGCGAGCGCCUAUCCUGCACCGAAGGUCUCGCUCUACCUCAGCGAGGAAUCUGGAGUCCUCGAUCUCAACUGGGAUAGCGCACCCCAGAACCUCCAGCAGCAACUUGAGCAGUUCGGCCUGUCGGUGGAGGUUGCAACGCAUGGCCAGCCCCAGCUCGUUGGGGCUAGCUCGCCUGCCGCGUACGUGAUUCCUGUCCAGAACGGCCACAGCUUCUACAGCUCAGCGGAGGACAUGCGCAAGGUCACAGAGUAUGUAGCUGCCGGCGGCCUGGUUGUGCUGCUCGAUGCCGCUCACGGCGCUGGCGCCGCGACUCGUGAUUUUGUAUCGCAGGCGCUCGGUUAUCAAGGCGAGUGGACUGUGUGCUCCUCUUCCCACCCCAGCUCCCAGGAUUCUCGCCACAUCAUCCGCGCCACCAAGCCUCAGCUCAGCGAGUGGGCGUCGGUGUUCCUCCCCCCCACCGCUGGCGGUGUGCUGCCUGAGACUCUGGAGGAGGCGCGUGUGCUGACCGCCCUCACCUGGUGCCGCCACCAGGACGCUGGCGCCGUGAGCCUGCCGCUGUACACCCAAGGCGGCGACGAGACCAAGGUGGUCGCACAGGCCUUCGGCAAGGCCGGCAGCCGCGGCGCUGUGGUGUGGCUGGGCUACAGCUGGAAGGACGGCUCCCAGCAACGCUGGGGCAGCCUGCUGCAGAAGCUCAUCCUCGCUUUCGCAAACGGUGCCUACACUGCCCCGUCAACCGGAAACGCCGAGGCGCAUCCGGGGACCACCAUCUUUGACUCCGUGCUCGAGGCCGCCACUGACGCCGCUUCGGAGGUGGACGCAGUGGUUCGCCGCAUGAUGACUUCGGCCGCGGGUGUGUAUCCGUCGCCCGUGCCUUCGCCUGAGCCUGAGGAGAACGGCAAGCCCAACAAGUCGCCCAAGCCUGGCAAGUCGCCCAAGCCUGGCAAGUCGCCCAAGCCUGGCAAGUCGCCCAAGCCUGGCAAGUCUGGCAAGUCGCCCAAGCCCGAUGAUGAGCCUGAGCCUGAGCCCGAGCCGUCCCCGCGCCCCGGCCGCUCCCGCAACAACGGUGGACGUCGCAUGAAGCAACUGUAAGCAGCGGUGUGCAGCAUUCUGCACGAUCGAUAGGGCCCUUGCUUGACUAAGCGGCAUUCCCUUUAGAUUGCACUAAGACUUGACCUGCAAGCUACGUACAUACACUUUGGUUAGGCAUCACGGAAUGAAGUACGCACCAUACAUAUUGGCACUGUGCGUACGGUUUCGGCCUGCCUGGAACGGAUGUCCUCCGGCCCUAUUUGGUGGCCGGCAUGAGCUUGCAUCGAUCGGAAUUGAAGCUUAGAGCAAGAAGAUGUGCAACGGUAGUUUAUCCGCAUUCAUGAUGGUGUAUGCCUUGUUAUGGUGACAACUGUGGCGAUGCGCGACACGGCUACAUGACCUGCCCUCGCUUCGUACAUAUCGUGACGAUUACGGUACCAGGUUCGAACAUAUCCAUUCCUGGCUUUUUGCCUCCUAAGGGUCUUGUGCCUGGGAGUGCCUUUCUGUGUCGUAUCCUUUUCUGACCCUUACAAAUUUGCGUACGUACAUAUGGCUAUGGAUUGAUCUCCAGCAGCGGAUGUGAGCAAGGAGAGCAUGAGAGCGUGUGCGGUGCAUGCGUGGGGGGAACUCCCUGGCCCGAUGUGUGGGCAGCACUGCUACUGGCCGAGCUAUGAUGAGCUGGACCGCGAAUGCGCGGCGGCGUGUCGCGUGCGCUUUCCAGCUAAGAGACCGAGACUCCGAUUAUCCACUCUGGCCUUGGCACACAGGCCCUACAGCCUGUGCGCUUCACCAGGAGGUUUCAGGCGGGGUGGGCGAUGAACAUUAUUUAUCACGGUGUGGGUGUCACGGCUUCAUCCAGGGAGUGUGGGAGCCUGUCUCCUGCACCAAGGUAUCUUACUACGGCAACCGAAACACGUUGCCAUCUGUCAGCUUACAAAAUUUAUGGGUCCUGGGCGUGCGUGGAUGUGAGUAGUUGAGUACGUGGCUGGCACGUGCGUGCAUGGGUUCGAAGGCAGUCAUGUGGCCAGCUAGCUGCACGCAUGCGCACGUGUGGGGGCGAUUGCACCUUGCUAGCUAGGGUGGUGCCCCAAGGCUCUUUAUUUGACGCCGAUUGGCCAGUUGAGGCACAUGCGGUUUUCUGUUGCCGCGUCACGUGCCGGGCAGGCGUAGUCAAGAGCAUUGGGGCUUAUCCAGCUUCCCCCGCUUGAUAUCUGGCCCGCACAAGCAAACUACUACUGUAACGGUUGACACCU